AUUUGUUUGAUAUUCAAACAUUGUUCAUUUGAGAAUUAAAGAUCAUGGAUUUUCGCCGUAAGCAUAAAAAUGACGAUAAUUUUAACGAAUCUCCGACAUAUUCGAGAUUAUUUGUAGUUACUGAGAAAAAAGUGACAGAAGAUCAACUUCGAGAUGCAUUCACAAAAUUUGGAACUCUUGAAGACAUACGUAUACCCCGUGAUCACAACACGGGAGAAAGUAAAGGUAUAGCUUAUAUAAAAUUUUCUAAAACAACAGAAGCUGCUGCCGCUAUGGAAGAAAUGAAUUUGAAAGUAAUUCCGAACUCUAACCGCCCUUUGAAAGUCAUGGUAGCUGUUAAUCGCUCAGAAAUACAGAAUGAUGAUGAUUAUGAUGAAAAAUAUAGAAGAUUAUUUAUAACAAUCCCAAAGACCAUGAGUGAAAAAGAAAUUAAGGAUGAGUUUUCCGAAUUUGGUCAUGUUGAAUACAUUCGUGUACAAAGAGAGAGGGAUAGUGGAUUGCCUAAAGGUUUUGCUUAUGUUAAAUUUACAAAGUUCUCGGAAGCAGCCCGAGCAUAUGAGGACUGCGAUCCAAAGUACAGAGCCAUUUUUGCUCUCCCAAAAACAAGCAAUAGACGACCAGAGACAACAUUUGAGACUAAUAUCAACUCACUAGCUUCAUCCUCGAUUGGUUCAAAGGCAUCACUUAUAUCUGCUAUGAAUGUACGUCCUGGCAAUUACACUAAGGUCAAUUUUAUGUGUUCCCCUUAUCUUACCCAGGUGCAUGUUGAUAGGAUUUUUGAUAUUGUACCAGGGUUGGUACAUUGUCAAUACUAUGUAGAUUUAAUGCGUAAUUUCGGUAAAGGAACCGCUUCAUAUUCCAAUCCAGUUUCUGCGGCGUAUGCAGUUGAAAAAUUGAAUAAAUUUGAAUAUCCACCUGGUGUCAAAAUUUUUGUUAGGCCUGCUGACUCAAAGUUUGACCAACAUGAGCAAAACUUCACCAACAUACCUAAUGUGGUGAACAAUUUGAAAAGCGCUAUCAAUGCAACUGCUAAUUCUGCUUCCCCUGACUUGGCACAGUUGGCUGAAGCUAUAGCUGAAGCUUCGAAACUGAUCAAAAUAGCUACAACUGGUGUAAAUGAUGAAAACUCUCAUGAUAGCAAUGAUUUGAACUACUGUAGUGUGAAGUUACCAGCGCCACAGCCACUGGCUGACAUUGACAGUGCUGUGGCGAAAAGAUGUUUUUUAGUGUGCAAGCCACAACCACCCCCUCUUACAGUUUUACGAGAUGUUUUCUGUCGUUUUGGGGACCUUAUUAAUGUUUAUACACUGCCUAAUAAAACAGUGGGGUAUGCUCGUUAUGCCAAGGCUGAUGCAGCUGAUGAAGCUAUCAGAGUAUUACAUGGUGCUGAGAUUUGUGGCGUCCGAAUGAAGGUGCUGGAGGCUGAUGACGAAGCCCCUCCAAAGAGAGCUAGAUAUUCUGAUAGGACAAGUACAUAUUAACUCUAGACAUUAUCUAAGGACAUCUACAGACCAGAACCUCUUUGGACAUGAACAGACUCCUGGACAUGUGGACACCUACGGACUACUUUUCAUAGUGACAAUGUACUGACAAAUAAAAUGUUUUCAUAUAUAACUGACAUUGUUCUUGGCCUAAAUGAUAGUUCAAAGUCUACU